AUGGCUCUUCCAGAGAUCCCAUCUGCAAAGCUUGUCGAUUUGCAAAAGAAAUUGCUGACAUUGGAAAAUGUCACUGACAAAUCUGUUGAUGCCACCAUACGGGAGUUUCAGCCAGCGAACAUUCCUGGCUUCACCUUAGAGGAACAUCUUCCAGUAAUCAACAGAACGUUUGAGGCCACAUCAGUUGAGGGAAUAGUUGAUAAUCUCAAAAAAGAAAAUACCGAUUGGGCUGAAAAGCAGUUGAAAACGUUGUCAAAGAUGAGUCCGACCUCAAUGAAGGUCACAUUUAAGCAGCUCAAAAAUGGAGCCAAAAUGAGCUUUAGCAAGGUUUUCACAAUGGAGUAUCGCCUUACCCAGCGAUCUGUCGAGGACCAUGACUUUCAUGAAGGUUGCAGAGCAAUUCUGAUCGACAAAGACCGAAAUCCGAAGUGGAAGCCUGCGACUUUAGAAGAAGUGUCGGACUCUCAUAUAGAUCACUACUUCGCCCCUCUAGACGGCAACGAAGAUCUAUUUCUCAGCGAUUCGAAUGCUAAGAUAUAG